GCACUCCUGAAUCAGUGGUGAAAUACUUCUCCUCAAGUAAUUGAGUCGUUUGAAGCUUCUGUUGCUUUUCCAACACAUGAGAGAUGAUGGAUAAUUCUCAUAACUCUAUCCCACUUUGCACAAUGGAGACCAAGGAGACUGAAGCUAUUUGUAUUUUCGGUACGGGAGAUUUCGGGCGCUCCCUAGGGUUGAAAUUACUUCAGUGUGGCCAUGCUGUCAUUUAUGGAAGUCGAAACCCCCAGUCGUCUAGCCUAACCCCUAAAGGAGCAGAGGUUUUUAGCCAUUCAGAAGCUGCACAGAGAGCCUCCAUUAUUAUUUUAGCCAUCCACAGGGAGCACUAUGAUUUUCUCAAACAAUUAACUGAAGUCCUGAAUGGUAAAGUAUUAGUAGAUGUAAGCAACAACCUUAAAAUAAACCAAUACCCAGAAUCCAAUGCUGAAUACCUGGCCAGGAUGGUACCUCAAGCCAAAGUAGUAAAGGCAUUUAAUACAAUAUCGGCAUGGGCCCUGCAGUUUGGGGCUUUGGAUGCAAGCAGGCAGGUUUUCAUUUGUGGUGAUGAGAUUUACGCAAAACAAUCUGUUAUGGAUAUUGUUCGAACCCUUGGACUUACACCACUGGAUCAGGGAACCUUACUAGCAGCUAAUGAGGUGGAGAAUUACCCACUGCAAUUAUUCCCGAUGUGGAGAAUCCCAAUCUUCAUCUGUUCUGGAUUCACUAUAUUGAUUUUCCUUUACUGUGUGCUAACGGAGGUUCUCUACCCAUGUGUUACAUCUAAAGAAGAUACCUCAUAUCUGAUUGCUGUUUCUAUUCCCAAUAGAGUGUUCCCAAUUGUGUCUCUCAUACUUCUUGCCUUGGUGUAUCUCCCAGGAAUAAUUGCCGCUGUUCUUCAGUUAUAUCGAGGUACCAAAUAUAGUCGCUUUCCAGACUGGCUUGAUACGUGGAUGCUGUGCAGAAAGCAACUUGGCCUUGUUGCAUUGGCAUAUGCAUUCCUACAUGCGAUCUACACACUUGUUAUGCCUAUUCGUUAUUAUGUACGUUGGUGGUCCAACAAUUACAUCAUCACACAGAUUAAAACCAAUAACACCUAUGAGUUUCUGAAUUACUAUGCUUGGUUAUCUGACUCGUAUGUCGCCUUGGGUAUUCUGGGAUUUUUCUUUUAUGUGUUGCUGGGUAUCACGUCCCUGCCCUCAGUAAGCAAUGCAGUCAACUGGAGAGAGUUCCGCUUUGUCCAGUCAAAACUUGGAUAUCUUACAUUGGUUUUGUGCACGGCCCAUACCCUUGUGUAUGGAGGAGACAGGUUUAUCUAUGGACCUUUUUACAAAUGGUAUCUCCCCCCAGCAUUUGUCAUUGCUCUCAUUAUUCCAUGUACAGUGCUUGCUCUGAAGUUAAUCAUUAUCGUUCCAUGCUUGGAUAAGAGAAUUACUAAAAUACGUCAAGGAUGGGAAAGGAAUUCCAAGCAUUAACAAGAGCUGAAUCUACAUGAAUAAGAAGCCAACAUCAAAGUUGUCACUAAACACACAAGAGACAGUGGUUAAAUACUGAUAUUUUGUACAAAGUAAACCAAUAACCCACAGUAUUUACACAGCAGACUGGAAUUUGGGUGAACUUUAGCAAGUAAAAAGUAUUUUGUUUUAUUAAAACAGCUCCCACGUGAAAUAGAGUCAUCUUUUUCCCUAAUAACAAAUGUCGAAUAAAUUAUUGCCCAUGCUAGAGGAAGGCAGCUACUAUGCAUACAAAUUAUUUUGUCGCUGCUGCUGAUAAGCACAUGUAAGUCUCUCUAUGGCUCAUAUCAUUUCUGAUUUAUAAUCAAAUAAGAGAAACACCAGUUAAGGGCAUGUAAAGGCAAAAAAAUAAAAUCCCAUUUUUACUUUCUUUAAUGAAAAAGAAACCUAUCUCCAAUAUACUUUGAUUUAAAAAAUGUGUACCGUUUUUAUAAGAAACCUGACUGUAUGCAGUGAAAUUCUCCCUUCAUUUACUGCUGUGGAUAGGAAUUGUCAGACAGUCCCUAACUGCUGAGCAGGGAAACAAUCAUACUUAUGAACAGCAGGGGGAGCCCCCGCCUUACUUCCCAGCCAUGCAGAACUCAAGCAGCUUUGUUUAUGACAAUCCCUAAGCACCCCAGACCACACUGAGCAUGUGCACAGUCUUGGUCUUGCAAAGAUGUUUAACAAAGUUACAAGAUGGUGACCCCCUGUAGCCAACUUUGAAAGCAUAAACCAUUUGUUUGACUAGGCUUGUGGUGCAGUAAGUUCAUGUUUAUAUUUAGUAUACAAAAUACAGCAUUUCUAGCCUUAUUCUAUUUUAGACUUUACAUGCCCUUUAAGAAGAGGUAUUUACACCCAUCAGAAAAUACAAGAAUUUACCAUAACCUGGGAAUUGUAAGUAGUGGUGGGCACAGCUGCAGAAGACACAACUUGGAGAACAUCCACAAUUGUGCUGGGAUUAUGAGAUAAAUCCUACAUUAUGGGCAAAAAAAACAUGACCAUAUCCUCAUGAACUUGGCUUUGCUCAUUGCACUUGCAAUUGUAAAUAACCCCUUUGUUGUUUUUUGUUUGCUGACCUCCUUAUCUGUUAUGGCAUGCUAUUUGUAAGGGGAUUAGCCACAAAAAUAAGGGGUAAACCACAUUAAGUAACUUGGGUGGAGAAAAUGAAGACUGUGGUCAGAUACCCAGAGAACAAAGGAGACUUGGGAAGAAUGAAACUGCAAGCUCAGUGGUCACACAUUUAUAAAAGCUAAGAAAAUAAAUAGAUAAAAUAUUCACACUGUCCUAAUUUUACCUCUUUUCAGCAAUAAUGUAAUUAUUUAUUGGUAAUAGAAUAUGCAUUAAAGCCUUUUCUGGUCCCCUAAGAGCCCUACCUGGAAAGAAUUCAUUGAUUUCAAUGAUUAUUAGGACUCCCAUAAAAAAAAA